AUGACGCGUAUUUUAUUCCAUGCUAAAUUAUUUUGACAAAGUGGGAACGAACCCCCAUUUACCUGCACGGGGGGAGUAUAAAUUUCCGGAUUAGAGAGGAACGACUUCAGUGAUUCACGAGUUGGGAGAUCCCUCAGUGAUGGAGAAUUUUUGGAUUUUGCUGGUCGGCUUGGCGAUUGUGGAAACGAGUCCAACAUGCAAACAGAAAGGGGAAUUGAGAAUAGUCCCAGUAACCGAACCCCAUUCGCUGUCUGAAGGUCCUCAUUGGGAUGAAGCCAAUCAGGUUCUCUACUUUGUCGAUAUCUCUGCACAGAAAAUGAUGCGCUUGGACCCAACGACAAACCAAGUUACCGAGGCGUACAUAAAGAAUGGCCCCGUAGGAGUGUUCGUCCCCGUCUCCGGUAGAAAAAAUACAUUCCUCGCUGGGAGUGGUACGGAUCUCGUGGAGGUAGAGUGGGACCCCAGUUGCAACGAUUCAGACCCUAAAAUCACGGUUCUGUCCAGAAUCGAUGUGGACCGCAAUUACACGCGAUUCAAUGACGGCAAGGUCGACCCCGCGGGUCGCUUCUGGGCCGGGUCUAUGGGGGAAAAGGGGGGCGAGAUACUCGACGACAUGGGGUCUCUGUACAGAUUCGCAGCGGAUGGAACUCCCACGAAGAUUCUCUCGCCUGUCUCCAUCAGCAACGGACUCUGCUGGAGUCAUGAUAAUUCAACGUUUUAUUACGUCGAUUCGCCCACUCUCGAGGUCGUCGCUUACGACUACGAUGUGGCCACUGGGGAUAUUUCUAAUAAGAGAGUCAUCUUUCCUAUCGAAAAAAUUUAUGACGGUGAGGUUCCUGAUGGGAUGACCAUCGACAGAGACGGGAAUCUCUGGGUGGCGAUCAACGCUGGUGGACGAGUGAUUCAAUUCGACCCAAACACCGGAAAACAGCUUAGGGUGGUGACCAUGCCAGUGAUGACCGUCAGCAGUGUGGCCUUUGGCGGACCCAAUCUCGACAUCCUCUACGUGACGUCAGCGAGGGAUUCUCUCUCCCCUUCCGAACUUCGAGCCCAGCCCUCCGCCGGUUCCGUUUUCGCUGUUCACGGGCUCGGGGUCGUUGGCGACCGAAUGCUGGACGUUGAAAUGUAAUCCCUCGUCCAUUCGAAUAAAUCCACACAACAAAUUAGGGAAUAAUUUAAUCGGCAUGUUUAUUUCAAUGAAUGCAUAUGUGUCAUACAAAUCCUCCAGCUUUGAUUAAACUAUUCAACAUUAUUCGAUAAAUGGUUUUUGAUUAGAAAACGGGCGAUUUAAUGUCAGUUUUGAGUCAGUCAUACAGAAGAAAAUUGUAAGGUCUUUUGAUAAAUCGUUCGAGCAACAGAAAUGUACACUUUUGUGGCAAUUUCUAGGGUUAGUUUUCGGUUACAUUAUGGUGCAGGGCAUGGCACAGCAUAGGGGGAGGCAAACCGGUACCACAGCCUUGCCACUGCUUUGCUUCUGCUUGCUCUUGGAGCCUUUCUCGUACUCGUACAUUCCCUUGCCGCGUUCCCACUGGCCCUGAUUGAUUAAAAAAUUAUUGGUUAUCAACAAUUCCCGAAUAAUUGAAUGAAGAUGAAUUUUUUUUUUAUUAUUCGAGCUUCUGCAGGUGCUUAACAAUUGGAUUUUUGCACGAAAUUUUUCUUUUUGAAGAUGAAAACUGAAUAAAUAAUAUGGAAAAGGUAUUUUUCCACUCCGAAAAUUAAUUCAAAAUAAAUAAAGUGUUAAAUAUUUUUGGUGGAAAUUUACAGCACACUUCUUGGGAAUUUUUGUCACAUUGUCAUUCCACUGACAUUUCAAAAAAAAGUCGUCAGUGAAAAUGUUUUUCUGUAUAAUACGAACUAAACAUAUCCUAGAAGAUUGGGUGGGCACCCUAGCCCAAAAUAUUAAAAAAUCAAUGAAAGCUCUA